CUCACCUUCGCGCACUCUCCUUCACGUUCACCUUCACCUUCUCCUUCACGCACAGCUGCUGAUUCUCCUUCACCUGCACAGCUCAUCUCUCCCUCGGCCGAGCUUCACUCUUCAAGCCCGACGCAGAUGGAUGAAACAAUUCUUUCGACAGUUACGACCACAGUUGCAUCUGUUCUUGCUGUUGGGCUUGUAAUCUUAAAAGAUAUUAGAUCUAGGAGAGUAUUACGAAGGGAACCUCAUGUUAAUCGAGAGUAUGAAAGAGGGAUUUAUAUGGAUAGUAUUCUUUAUGGAAGCAGACAAGAUUGUAUUGACCAAAUAAGAAUGAGUCAUGUAUCUUUCUUUGAAUUAUGUAAAAUUCUUGCUGAGAACAACCUUAUACGUGAGACCAUUCACAUGUCUAUUAAGGAACAGGUGUUGAUAUUUUUACACAUUAUUGGGCAUAAUGUGAGGUUUCGAGUGGUUGGUGGAAGGUUCUAUAGAUCAAUUAGGUCUAUUCAUCGAUAUUUUAAGGUUGUACUUGGAGGAGCCUUGACGCUAUAUAAACAUUUAAUUAAACAACCUGAUAACUCUACUCCGCUGAAAAUAAGGAAUAGCCGAAGGUUUUACCCAUACUUUAAGGAUUGUGUUGGAGCAAUAGAUGGAACUCAUAUUCGGGCAUCUGUUCCAGUUGAAAUCCAAGGAAGGUUUCGUGGUCGAAAAGAUCAAACAACACAAAAUGUGUUAGCUGGCAUUACUUUUGAUGUAAAAUUCACAUAUGUGUUAGCUGGUUGGGAAGGAAGUGCACAUGAUUCUCGUGUUUUAAACGAUGCACUCACUAGGCCAGGGGGAUUCAAAAUUCCUGAAGGUAAGUAUUAUCUUGGUGAUGCUGGUUAUGGAAAUCGAAAUGGAAUUCUCUCCCCCUAUCGUGGUGUUCGGUACCAUUUGAAAGAGUUUAGUGACCAUCCACCUGAAAAUGAAAAAGAAUUAUUCAAUCUUCGUCAUUCGUCCUUAAGAACCACCAUUGAACGAGGAUUUGGAAUUUUGAAGAGGCGUUUCCGUGUGUUGGAUGCAGAACCAUUUUGGUCAUUCGAAACACAAAUGGAAGUAGUUUUAGCAUGUUGUGUCAUUCACAAUCACAUUAUGGGUGUUGAUCCUAAUGAUUCAAUUAUGGAAGAAGCUGUUUGUGAUGUUGAAUCUCAAAAUCAAAGUGGUAGAGUCUACCAAACAAGAAGGGAAGUUCAAGAGGAAAAUAGAGAAUGGACAAUCAAAAGGGAUGUAAUAUGUCAUGCGAUGUGGGAUGAUUAUAAAAAUAGGAAAAAUGUGUAGAUUUCUUUUUUUCUCGUAUGGUUGAUGUUGUAAUGUUUAUUUCUUGAACUAGUCAUGUUUAAAGACAACUACGUUUUUUUAUUUUUAAUAAUUUGAUUGUAUGAUAUACAUUUGAUAUUUAAUCCAACUUAUGAUAUGAGCUUAUUUCUA